UGGUGAGGUCAUUACGCGGCGCGGAGUUGGGGGAGCGGGAAGCGCAGGGAAGCGGCUGGCGUCGAGUCUUCUGAGCCAUUAUGGCAGUCAAGUGGACUGGUGGACAUUCUACUCCUAUUCUCUGCCUGAAUGCAAGUCGAGAAGGGCUAGUGGCUUCUGGAGCAGAAGGUGGAGACCUGCACCUCUGGGGUGAAGAUGGGACUCCAUUGGGACACACACGCUUCCAAGGGGCUGAUGAUGUUACCAGUGUCUUAUUCUCUCCUUCCUGCCCCAACAAGAUCUAUGCUUCCCAUGGGGAAACCAUUAGCAUACUGGAUGUCAGGUCUCUCAAAGGUUCCCUGGAUUGUUUUCAUGUGAAUGAGGAAGAAGUCAAUUGUCUUUCAUUGAAUGAAACUGAAAAUCUACUGGCUUCUGCUGAUGACUCUGGGGCAAUCAAAAUCCUAGACUUGGAAAAUAAGAAAGUUAGCAGAUCCCUGAAGAGACAUUCUAAUAUCUGUUCAUCUGUAGCUUUUCGGCCUCAGAGGCCUCAGAGCCUGGUAUCAUGUGGACUGGAUAUGCAGGUGAUGCUUUGGAACCUUCAGAAAGCCCGGCCACUGUGGAUUACAAAUUUACAGGAAGAUGAAACAGAAGAAAUGGAAAGCCCAAAAUCACCUGGUCAACUUUUAAACCCUGCUUUAGCUCACUCUGUGUCUGUAGCAUCUUGUGGCAAUAUUUUUAGUUGUGGUGCAGAAGAUGGUAAGGUUCGGGUCUUUAGGGUAAUAGGAGUCAAAUGUGAACAGGAACUAGGAUUUAGGGGCCACACUUUGGGAGUAUCCCAGGUCUACUUUCUGCCAGAAUCCUAUUUGCUGCUUACUGGAGGGAAUGAUGGAAAGAUAAUGGUGUGGGAUAUAACCAAUGAAGUUGAGAAAAAACGGAAAAGUCCUACAAAACAUACUCAAAGGAGGAAAACCAAAAGGCAAGGUGGAAAACCUAAUGCUUCAGGAACAGAUGAAGAAUGUGGCAAAAUUAUACCAAAGCUAAGUAUUGAACAUGGAGAAAAAGUGAACUGGCUCUUGGGUACAAAAAUAAAAGGACACCAAAAUAUAUUAGUAGCCGAUCAAACCAGUUGUAUAUCUGUAUAUCUCUUAAAUGAAUUUUAAAUCCAAUAAAAACAUUUGAAAAACUGCAA